AUGGGUCACGAAGAUGCUGUGUACUUGGCCAAGCUUGCUGAGCAGGCUGAGCGCUACGAGGAGAUGGUCGAGAACAUGAAGAUCGUGGCCUCUGAGGACCGUGACCUGACCGUCGAGGAGCGCAACCUGCUCUCCGUUGCUUACAAGAACGUCAUCGGCGCCCGCCGUGCCUCCUGGAGAAUCGUCACCUCCAUCGAGCAGAAGGAGGAGUCUAAGGGCAACUCUUCUCAGGUCGGUCUGAUCAAGGAGUACCGUCAGAAGAUCGAGGCCGAGCUCGCCAAGAUCUGCGACGACAUCCUUGACGUUCUCGACAAGCACCUCAUUCCCUCCGCCAAGUCUGGCGAGUCCAAGGUUUUCUACCACAAGAUGAAGGGUGACUACCACCGCUACCUCGCCGAGUUCGCCGUUGGUGAUCGCCGCAAGGACUCCGCCGACAAGUCUCUCGAGGCCUACAAGGCUGCCACCGAGGUUGCCCAGACCGAGCUUCCCCCUACCCACCCCAUCCGCCUUGGUCUCGCCCUCAACUUCUCCGUCUUCUACUACGAGAUCCUUAACGCUCCCGACCAGGCCUGCCACCUGGCCAAGCAGGCUUUCGAUGAUGCCAUUGCCGAGUUGGACACUCUUAGCGAGGAGUCCUACAAGGACUCUACCCUCAUCAUGCAGCUGCUCCGUGACAACCUGACCCUCUGGACCUCUUCUGAGGCUGAGCCCGCGGCGUCAGGCGCCGCUGAGGCCCCCGCUGCGGCCAAGGAGGAGGGUGCCGCCGAGGCACCGGCUGCUACCUCUGAGGAGCCCAAGGCUGAGUAA